AUGUCGACCGAAAGCUCAAGCACCGUCGCAAGGGUGCUCAAGCCCACCAUCCUGAUCCUGAUUGCCAUCGUCGCCAUCUCCAGUCGUCUCUUCUCCAUCAUCCGUUUCGAGUCGGUCAUCCACGAGUUCGACCCCUGGUUCAACUACCGCACCACCCAACACCUCGUGAAGAACGGAUUCUACGAUUUCUGGAACUGGUUCGACGAAAAGUCAUGGUACCCCCUGGGACGCGUCGUCGGUGGCACAGUUUACCCCGGCAUCAUGGUCACCUCUGCCCUCAUCCACAACGUCCUCCACUUCUUCAACUUUCCCGUCGACAUUCGCAACGUCUGUGUCUUCCUCGCCCCCAUGUUUUCCGGCCUGACCGCCUUCUCGGCUUAUCUUCUUACCAAGGAAUUGAAGGACUCCUCGGCUGGUUUGCUGGCUGCUGCGUUCUUGGGCGUUGCACCCGGUUAUAUCUCGCGUUCUGUUGCUGGAUCGUAUGAUAACGAGGGAAUCGCCAUUUUCUUGUUGGUUUUCACCUUCUACUUGUGGAUCAAGGCUGUCAAGACUGGAAGCGCCUUCUUUGGACUCUUGACCGCCCUCUUCUACUUCUACAUGGUCUCUGCCUGGGGAGGAUACGUGUUCAUUACCAACUUGCUUCCUUUGCACGCGUUCACUCUGCUGCUGAUGGGUCGUUACUCGAACCGCCUCUACGUCUCAUACUCGACCUUCUGUGCCGUCGGCACAUUGCUGUCCAUGCAGAUUCCCUUUGUCGGAUUCCAGCCUACCCGCACUAGUGAGCAUAUGGCCGCCUUGGGUGUCUUUGGACUUCUCCAGCUCUAUGCCUUUGCCGAGCUCGUCCGUGGUUAUAUCCCCCCCAAGCAGUUCAGGGCUUUGCUCAAGGGUGGUAUUGUUGCUGUCGCCGUCAUUGCCUCCAUUGGCUUGACCAUCCUCAGCUUCUCGGGUGUCAUUGCUCCCUUCACCGGCCGUUUCUACUCGCUCUACGAUACUGGCUACGCCAAGAUCCACAUCCCUAUCAUUGCCUCGGUCUCGGAACAUCAGCCUACCGCCUGGACCUCCUUCUUCUUUGAUCUUCAGAUGCUCAUCUUCUUGUUCCCUGCUGGAGUGUACCUCUGCUUCAAGGAGCUCAAGGACGAGCACGUCUUUAUCAUUCUCUACUCUGUCUUUGCUUCUUACUUUGCCGGUGUCAUGGUCCGUUUGAUGUUGACCCUUACUCCUGUCGUCUGUGUCUCUGCUGCCAUUGCUUACUCAACUCUGUUGGACACCUACCUCGAGACCUCGGAGCACGUCUUGGCUUCCACCAAGCCUGCCAUUGCUGCUGCUGCUACCUCCGCCCCUGUCGUCAUUGAGGCUACCACCUCCGAUUCCAAGGCCACCGGUAAGAAAACCGCCGCCAAGGCUGCUGCUGCCGCUGCCGCCGCUGCCAAGUCGGCCGAUGCUGAAGCCAAGACCCACGCCAAGUCUGCCGCCUCUAGCGAGAAGAAGCGUUUCCCCAUCUUCAACUUGGACUCUCGCCUGCUGGUUAUCCUCCAGUUGACCUGGUUCCUGUUCAUGUUUGCCUGGCACUGCACCUACGUCACCUCUGGAUCGUACUCUUCCCCCUCGAUUGUUCUUGCGUCCCGCCAGCAAGAUGGAUCCCAGAUGAUCAUUGACGAUUUCCGUGAGGCGUACUACUGGCUUCGCAAGAACACCAAGGAGGACGCCAAGGUCAUGUCGUGGUGGGAUUACGGCUACCAGAUGGCCGGUAUGGCCAACGUCACGACCUUGGUCGAUAACAACACCUGGAACAACACCCACAUUGCAACCGUUGGCAAGGCCAUGUCGACCUCUGAAGAGGUCUCUUACAAGGUCCUCCGCCAGCACGAUGUGGACUAUGUCCUCAUUCUCUUUGGCGGAGUGAUUGGAUACUCUGGCGACGACAUCAACAAGUUCUUGUGGAUGAUCCGUAUCGCCGAGGGAGUCUAUCCCAACGACGUCAAGGAGACCAACUUCUUCACGCCCCGCGGCGAGUACAAGGUUGAUCAUGAUGCGACAAAGACCAUGCGCGAGUCGCUGAUGUACAAGAUGUCGUACUACCGCUUCGCCGAGCUCUACGGUAGCGGUAACGCGGUCGACCAUGUCCGUAACGCCCGCAUGCCUGCCGAGGGCCCCACCCUGAGUGUCCUCGAGGAGGCCUACACGACGGAGAACUGGCUUGUCCGUAUCUACAAGGUCAAGGACUUGGAUAUCUUGGGCCGUGACCUCAAGGACUCGACUGCCUUUGACAAGGGUCGCGUGCGCAAGAUCUCCUCCCUCAAGAAGAAGUAA